GAACACACCUACAGCAUGAUCCUCCACUCACCUGAGGAACAGGUGAGAGCAGAACAUGAUUACAGGUUUGUUUCUGCGGGGAGUUUCUGGUUAACUAGCUCACCUUAGCUUACAGGUGAAAGGUGGUUUUGUAACGGUAUUGAUUUAGCUUGUUAGCUCGCUGAGGAGCAGCUGGACGGAAAUCCUCUCGAGGACGUUUUCGAAAAGACUUUGAACAUUUCCGAGACUCGGCAGGCAUGCAAGUCGAGCCCCAAAGACUGAAAGUUAAGAAGUGAACCCGUGAAGAGCCACAGACGCAGAGAGAGAUGAUUCUUAAUGAAUUUGCUUCUCGCUUCAGAGGCAGAGAGCAUUCUGGGAGGAGAUGCAGCGGUCACGUUUUGAUUUCAGAGAUCGUUUGUUGUUUCUGUCCGUUGAUGGUUCAGAAACAGUUUUGAGUUUGUGUUCAGACGGGUGAAGAGUUGUUAAAGUUUCCGGCUGUUCGAGGAUGAAAUGAAAAGACUUUUGAGUUAUUUAGUUUUCAGUUUGUUGUUUGGCUUCAAAAUCUUUCUUUUAAUAAAUGAAGACGGGUUCUGAAAGGCUGCUGUGGCGUCCGUCUGUCGUGGUCGACCUCGUCACUCGGAGGUCUCACUCUGACCAACAUAUUAAAACCCGUUUAUGUACUUUGACGUAAACGCUGACACACCGAGACCCCGACACGUCGCAUCACUUCCUGGCUGUCUUAAAGGGCCAGUCCCCUGAAAAAGGAGAGAGAGAAAUACAAAGACCAGCAUGCAUUGCAAACAAGAGAGUUUAAUGUUCAGACCCCAGAAUCCUUUUAUCUAUACAGCUUUUACCGUUACUCACUGACUCAUUUUUAAACAAUUGAAAAAAGACGCUGGCGCUCAGAAAGAAGCGCUCUGUGGAGACAGGGCUUCAUGUAGUUUAGCUUCUACUGCCACCUGUUGGCUUUAUUGUGAACUGCACCAUACGCAACGUGUCUUUCAAAAUUGUCCUCACAGCUCCCCAGCUGUAUCCAUUCUGUAACAUCGUAUUAUCAGUCAGUACACGAUGAUGUGUUAACAUAUAGCUCUUAUGUCGAGUUCUUCAGUCAACAUGACCUUUAAACUUUGAGGUCGUCACCGCGCCCUGAAUAAACUCAAACAGACGAAGAAGAAUCAAAAUGUUUCCAUGGACAUCUCAUCGUUCAGACCUCUGAGACAAAUGGCUGUCUGAACACCGUCUGUAAGCGCACACUGACUCUCCUUCCUGUGGUCAUGUCCUCUCUGAUGGAGGGAGCGUCUCCUCUCUGACCUCGAGGUCAGCCUGCUGAUUGGCUCAUUAUCAGAGGGUCAACAAUAUUUCCACUGACGUCACGGCCGCCUCAUAUAAACCUGUCAGACGGAGCCCAGGGCCUCAGAGCCCACGGGACACUUCACCACGCUGUGACUCGUCUCUCCUGGUCCGAGUCGGUCAGCACCAUGGUCAGCGGCAGGAUGCUGCUCCUCGGUGCCUCCUGCUGGCUGCUGGUGAUUUUAGGGAGCGGUGAGAGAUCGGUGGAGGGGGGCGCCAUCGAGACUCAGGAGGAGAAGGAGCUGAUGGAAGCUCUGCAGGAAGUCCUGGAGAAGUUAAAGAGCCAACAGCUGCCGCCGUCAGAGAAGAAGCUGUGCCUGCUGCCUGCU